AUGGCUGUCGUGGCGAAAUCUAGUCAUCGCAGGUUUUGCGACGGUUCUUCUGCUUUACGCAAUUCACCUGUUCGUGUGGGACAGUUCAUGGGGAUGCGAUCGCCUACCGCUGGUCUCUGGGCCCUGCAGCGUUCAAACGUGUAUCGAACAGUGGACCCUGAAGCCGCCUCGCUCUUCUUCCUCCCCGUGCUGCCCAUGCUGCACCUAGCCCUGCGCCUGCCCUCCCUGCAAGCCCCCUCCCUCGCCCUUGCUGCUGCGGCAGCAGGGGGAGGGGGAGCAGGGGGGAACGGGCUUGAGCUGUCGCUGGAGCAUUGGGAGGCGCUGGCUGAUACUGGGCGUUAUGUGGGGGAGGCGUUAUUGUAUGUGCAGUCACAUUACCCCUACUGGCGCCGCAGUGGGGGCAGCGAUCACUUUAUCAUUGCAUCACAUCCCACGUUCCCCUUUUUCCCGCUCUCUCCCUUCGCCCCGGACCCCUUUUUCAGCAUCGUCCGCCUUGUGAGCCCCGCUCUACUCGGCUCACUCUUCAACCUCCAGCCCCCCUCCAGCCCUCCUCCCACCCCAACCUGCUCUUCGUUUCUCAUCUCCCUCCUAUUUUCCCUGUCACACCCUCUUGUUUUCUCCCUGGCCCACUCUCCCUCCCAGCAUCGUCCGCCUUGUGAGCCCCGCUCUCCUCGGCUCUCUCUUCAACCUCCAGCCCUCCUCCUAUCCCGACCUGCUCUUCCUCUCACAUCAACCCCUUUUCUUCCCUUCUCUUUCACCCUUCCCCCCUUUCCUCCCCACCCCACGCCCCUUUCAGCAUCCUCCCCUUCGUCAACCCCUCUCUCCUCGGAUCUCUAUUCACCCUACAGCCCUCCUCCUAUCCCGACCUGCUCUUCCGUUCCGUCCUGCACCUCACCCCCGCUGCCGCCCUCUUCCCUCCCUCCCUCCCUCCCCUCCCUGUCUCCCUCCCCUUCCAGCAUUCUACCCUUUACCUGCUCUUCCGCUCACAGCACCCCCUUGGGCCCUUGCUUCCCUCCUUUCCUCCCUGCUCCCCUGCUUUCCUCCCCACCCCACGCCCCUUUCAGCAUCCUCCCUUUCGUCAACCCCUCUCUCCUCGGAUCUCUAUUCACCCUACAGCCCUCCUCCUAUCCCGACCUGCUCUUCCGCUCCGUCCUCCACCUCACCCCCGCUGCUGCCGCCGCAGCAGCUGCCAGAAGGAGAGCCGCGGCCAGCAGCAAAGAGACAACUGCUGCUGGCCGCCUGAAAGCUGCUUUGGCGGGGAAGAAGCGGCAGCAGGGGCAGCAGGAGGGGGUCGGGUUAGGAGACGGGAAGCAGCAGGGGCGUGCGGGGAUAAGGCAGCAGAAAUUGCAGUUGCAGCAGAUGGGCAGGAAGGAGAGGAGAAGGGGGGGUGGUGGGGAGGUGGCAGAGACUGGGGGAGGAGGAGGGGGGAGAGAAAAAAAAGGAUGGAAUGGAGAUAGUGUGGGUGUCGGGUCAGGGGAAGGGGAGGGGCGUUUUGGGAGGUUGAGUGGGACGAAGCAGCCUGUAGCUUUGGCGAUUGACGAGGGAAUGCACUGCGCUUCACCCGGUAACGACGUGGUCAUCCCACCUCUCCUCCCGCUCACACUGCCCAUUCCCCCUGAUGCGCGCAACCGCUCUCUCUCCGUGCUCGUCCUCCUCGGCCCUCCUCACCACUCUCCAUCCCUCCUCGCCCCUCCUGCUUCUCCACCACCUGCCAAGGAUAUCCCCAAUGAGGCCCUUGUCUCGCUUGCGCGUGCCAAGCACACAGCCACGGACGUUAAAGGGAAUGAGGGCUCAACCAGGCGUCUAUUAGGCAAGGGCGUGGCUAGGCAAUCAGGUGACGAGGGCCAUGGCAGUGGUGGUGACUGGGAUCGUGACGGUCUCUGGAAAGAAGGGGAAGCGGUAGUUGAGUCGACUCAAGAAUUGACAAAAAAAUCGACUCAAAGAUCAAGUGACGAUGGUGAUAGCAAGGGCAGUGGUGGUGGUUAUUGGGAUCGCCACGGCCUGUGGAAAGAGGGGGAAGGCGAUGAUGUGGCAGCUUCAGAUGGGGCGGCACGAGCAGCAGCGGAAGGAGGGGCAGCAGGGGGAGCAGGAAAAGCAGUGGGAGCAGGAAAAGCAGCGGAAGGAGGGGCAGAAGGGGGAGCAGGAAAAGCAGGGGGAGCAGAGGGAGCAGGGGGAGCAGGAGGGGCAGGGGAAGCAGGGGAAACAGCGGGGGCAGGGGAGACAGCGGGGGCAGGGGAGACAGCGGGGGCAGGGGAGACAGCGGGGGCAGGGGAAUCAGGACACGGUGAAGGCUGGAGGGAAGAUGUGCGGCGAAGGGAUGAGGGGGUUGGACCUGAUGAGGGAAUGGGUGCAGGAACAGCAGGGGGUGGUUUUGACCGGGAGGCGGUGCGAGGGGCGUUCAUGGAGAUGAUGGGGACGAGCAACCCCAAGGGGUGGGCGCUGCUUCAGGUAGGGCCCUACUUUAUCCUUGCAACCGUCUAUGGUUUUGACCGGGAGGAGGUGCGAGGGGCGUUUAUGGAGUUGAUGGGGACGAGCAACCCCAAGGGGUGGGCGCUGCUUCAGCUGCCCCCACAUGCAGCAGCAACAACAAUGCAGGGAGCAGUGUUCUGCGUGUGCCUCCCCGACGCCUCUCACUGGCACGAGAUGGUGUGCAUGGCUCAAGCUGUGGUCAACGGAUGCAUCCCAGUCACCUUCUUCCACCACUACCGCCACCCCUGGCUGCACUCGCUGCCGUUCAGAGAUGGUGUGUGUGCAUGGCUCAAGCCGUCGUCAAGGGGUGCAUCCCAGUCACCUUCUUCCACCACUACCGCCACCCCUGGCUGCACUCGCUGCCGUUCAGGUGAGUCAAAAUCACCUCACUCCCCAUGCUUCUCAGAUGAGGUAUGGCUUAUUCCAGAGAUGGUGUGUGUGCAUGGCUCAAGCCGUCGUCAAGGGGUGCAUCCCAGUCACCUUCUUCCACCACUACCGCCACCCUUGGCUGCACUCGCUGCCCUUUAG